AUGGAGGGCUCCGAUGCGAAAAAUUCCCCUACCGAGGGGGGCUCCCAAACAAUACCUUUAGCAUCGACUGCAAGCUGUGAAGAACCGGAAAAUGGCCCUGACGUCUUUGAACGACGGGACUCCGCAGAAUCUCAAGUCGAUGCGCACACGGAUGAAGGUUUCGUGCUUUCGCGCAGCUUGCAGGAUCCCUCAGAGGAGCUGCCGAUUGAGCUAAUCAGCCUGGCAGACCGUUUCGUGAAUUCACUGAGCGCCAAAGUACACAGCUCACCUCCCUCGAUCGAAAGGAUCUCCGAGCUUUUCCAAGUCUUCUACAGCCGCGCCGAAUCCCACAUUGCCACGCACAUAUCUGCUCUAAUCACUCGUAUCAACCGGGACGUCGCUCCCCAGACCCCCGCAAAAGCUCCGAGGGGAAGCGCACUAUCAAAACUCAGCAGCAAACGUUCCCAAGACGAUGUCAGGUCAGGGGCUUCAGGUCGCCAAAUGCUGACCGCGUCUGAAGUAGCCGAAAAGCGAAAGGCUCGUAAAUCCCUUGAGAUUAAAAGGAUUGCGUUGGAGGAAGCUGCGGAACGAAGGGUCUGCGAGCUGGUAUACGAUAAAUUAUGGAGGCACAAAACUACAUUAGAUGAUGUGCGGGAUGAAAAACUGCGUUCUAAGACUGCUGCUUUGCUGCUGGUCGGCAUUAACCUGAAAGAUCUUGGGAUCGAUAUAGAUUUUGAGGCGAUUGAACAGCAGAAACAGGAUGAGGCGAACGAAUACCUCGCUCAGGCUCGAGAAUAUCUCGCGAAGAUGAACGACUACAAAUACCCCCUCGGAAAGCUUCAGCAGCUUGCAGCAGCGCACAAGGCUAUUGUUGAUGCCCUGACUAAACUUCUACCGUCUUCGUCAUCGGCAGAUGAAAUUCUACCUACGCUGAUAUAUUCACUUGUGACGUGUCCUCCUGAAGGAAUCAACAUUGUCAGCAACCUGGUCUUCAUCCAGCGGUUCAGAUCUUCGAGUAAAAUCGAUGGAGAGACAGCUUACUGUUUGACCAACCUCGAGGCUGCAAUAAGCUUUUUGGAAAAUGUCGAUCUUUCUACGUUGCGCGCCGAUGAGCUGCAGGAUGGCCCUGUCAAAACUCCCAGUGAGACAACUCCAUCCUCAGAGCGUAUCGAUCCUUUCCGGCCCUCCAAGGAGACUACAACCUCUUCUGUUACGGCUGUAUCUGCGUCACCAGAGUUGUCCAUACCAGAAAGCAAGGAACCUCUCACCACAUUACCUACCCCUCGACCCUCCGCCACACCGCAACAACGCCGUCUCAGCAACAUUUUCCAACCACCGUCUAAAGUGCUCGGGGCUGCAAAUGAUGCUGUCCGUACCACCGCCGAUCAAAGUCUCAAGAAUAUCAGUGCUACUCUAGACAGCAGUUUCAAUUUCCUGUUUGGCCGUUUGAGGGAAAUGCAAAACAUACAAGGAUCUGGCCAGGAGGGAAGCGGACCAGUAUUGCCGAAGACAUUGGCCGAGGCUCGCCGCCUAAUGACCCUGCCUUCUCCCUCUGCCACCAAUCAACCACUGACACAGGAGGAUAUCGCAGCAAUCAACUCUGUUUCUGUGGAUGAAAGCACACCCCCACGCAGCAGUUCAGGGCCCACGGAUCUCUCCAGUAAUGGUCCUACCACUCGAGAUCGAAGCGUAGACAGCACCAGAACGCAAGGAAGCGACAAAAAGUCCAUUGCCACAUCACUGCGAGAAGAGAUCUCAUCACAUCCCGCCGUCAGCCCCACCACUCCGUUGGAAUCCAUGCGGUACUUUGGCAACACGCUCAAUCCGCUGAACCAUAUACCUGGUAUGAUGAAGAGCUUUGGCCGCAAUACACCUGAGACUCCCAGCGGCCGGUCCGUAUCUCCAUCUGGGUUUGAUAGAUUCAAGUCAUCACCUAUUUCGGCCGACGGCGCUACUAGCGCUGCCGCCACCCCUUCUUCGAGAAUUGAUCCUCCGAUUCAGCGCUUCCUUGAGACACAGGACGUCCACGAUCUCCGGAUCGGAGAUGUAGCUGUACUAUUGGAGGACUAUAAGAGACUCGCUGCUGCGAUGCAGAAGUAUCUAUAG